AUAACCGACUUCAUCGAGUUCCACGUUUGUAAGAUGGCGACAAGGAAUAUGGUUUCACAGCUGCUCUUGUUCCUGUCCUUUCUAAACCUUUGCUCUGGAUUCUAUGUACCUGGAGUGGCACCAAAGGAAUUUAAGAAAAAUGAUCUUGUGGAGGUCAAGGCAGUAAAGAUGACUAGCACCAAGACUCAGCUUCCGUAUGAAUAUUAUUCUCUCAGAUUCUGUGAGCCAAAAGGAGGAAAAGAAUAUAAAGUUGAAAAUUUGGGUGAAGUACUAAGAGGAGACAGAAUUGUCAAUACUCCAUAUGAGAUAAGAAUGGCUAUAAACAUGGCAUGUAGAGUUUUAUGUGACAAAAUUAAGCUCACUGCCAAAGAAUCAGCAUUGAUGGCAGAAAGAAUUAAAAAGAACUACUAUGUUCAUUUGAUUGUGGAUAAUUUACCUUGUGCUACACAGUUUAAGAUGAUGGAUUCAGAUGAAGUCCAAUAUGAGCAUGGUUAUAAACUUGGAUUUGUCAAAGAUGGAAAAGUUUAUCUGAACAACCACUUAAAGAUGCAUCUGAAAUUUCACACUGAUGACAAUGAAGACUACAGAGUCGUGGGAUUUGAAGUUGAGGCAAAAAGUGUCCAGUACGGAGAAUUAAACACAGAUGCUGAUGGAAAAUGUGACUACAAAAACAAGAAACCUGGUAGUGUUGUUCAGCUUCAGGAACUGAAAGAAGGAGAAAAUGAGAUUCUCUAUACAUAUGACGUCACCUGGGAGAACAGUGACAUUCGUUGGGCAUCCAGAUGGGAUAUAUACCUGGCCAUGAGUGACGUACAGAUUCAUUGGUUUUCUAUCAUCAACUCGGUUGUGGUUGUCAUAUUUCUCUCAGGUAUAUUAACCAUGAUUAUGGUCAGAACUUUGAGAAAGGAUAUUGCUCGAUACAACAGAGACGAUGAUAUAGAGGAGACUUUAGAGGAGACAGGUUGGAAACUGGUUCAUGGUGACGUCUUCAGACCCCCCAAAUACACCCGGACUCUGGCCUCUUUAGUGGGAGCAGGGAUGCAGAUAUUCUGCAUGGCUCUUAUCACUAUAUUCUUUGCCAUGCUAGGAAUGUUGUCCCCCGCCUCUCGCGGAGCUCUGAUGACAGCAGCUAUCUUCCUCUUUGUUUUUAUGGGAAUCUUUGCUGGAUAUGUAUCUGGUAGAAUUUACAAGACAAUGAAAGGACAACAGUGGAAAAAAGCUGCUUUCCAGACAGCGACUCUAUAUCCUGGUGUUAUGUUUGGAACAGUAUUUGUUCUCAACUUCUUCAUCUGGGGAAAACAUUCAUCUGGGGCACUACCAUUUACCACAAUGUUAGCCUUACUAUGUAUGUGGUUUGGUAUCUCUGUACCGCUUGUUUUCUUGGGGUAUUACUUUGGAUACAGAAAACAGCCCUAUGAACACCCAGUAAGAACAAAUCAAAUACCAAGACAGGUUCCUGAACAGAUGUGGUACAUGAGUCCUGUUCUAGGGGUCAUCAUGUCUGGCAUCUUGCCUUUUGGAGCAAUGUUUAUAGAAUUGUUCUUUGUUUUUACUGCAAUUUGGGAGAACCAGUUUUAUUAUUUGUUUGGUUUUCUCUUCCUUGUGUUCAUCAUUCUGGUCAUCUCGGUGUCCCAGAUCUCUAUUGUGAUGGUGUACUUCCAGCUCUGUGGUGAGGAUUACCACUGGUGGUGGAGGUCAUUUAUAGUGUCUGGAGGAUCUGCAGUCUAUGUAUUUGCCUACUCUAUAUUUUACUUUGUAACAAAGUUGGAGAUCACAGAAUUCAUUCCCACCCUAUUGUAUUUUGGCUACACUUUGUUGAUGGUCUUCACUUUCUGGAUUUUAACAGGGACCAUCGGAUUCUACGCCGCUUAUUUCUUCAUCAGAAAAAUAUAUGGGGCUAUCAAAAUAGACUGAUUUUACUUGUGCUUAGUUUAAAUUAUUUUCAAUUCUGGUACAAGUUGUAUUGCUCUCACUUGAUACAG